GUGUUCUCAGCUCAGUCCAUGAAUCUGAACCUCACUGUGAGUCAGGUGGAGGAGCUGAGGAGGGAGAGAGAGGAGAGGAGGGUGUCUUUCUCUGCCUCACUGCUAGCAUCUGGUGCUGGAGAUACAGGACCUUUUUCAGUAGCAACUCCUGUGGUCUACAGACAUGUCUUCACUAACGUAGGAAAUGCCUACAACCCAAACACAGGUGUUUUCACAGCUCCAGUCAGAGGGGUUUACCACCUUGUUUUGUUUGUAGCUGGUUCUGGUCAUGCAUCUACACGUACAGGAGUUUCUCUUCAUAAAAAUGGAGAGCAUGUUGUCCUUGCCUACGGUCAUCAUACAAGCGGCUAUGAAAAGGUCUCUAAUGGAGCCUCUCUGCUGCUGGAGGUGGGAGAUGUGGUCUAUGUGAAGUUGUGGCCCAACAGUUGGGUGCAUGAUAGUCAGAACCACCACACCACCUUCUCUGGCCACCUGCUCUUCCCCAUGUGAGAAGUCAGUCCAGAGUGGAAUCACAUCAGGAAUGUAAUAUUCAAUAAGAGCCACAUCACCUACACUGACAGAAAGGUCGGGCAU